AUGCAAUUGGUUCCAAGGGAAAUGGGUCUACGAUUCUUCAUACCCUCUCUACGACCCUGCCAAAUGUCCAUUCCUAGAUCCAGAGUUCGACUGCCUCAAAUUCGGCCGACCCGACAAGAAUUACGUCAAGUACAGAUGGCAGCCCUUCGCUUGCAAUCUCCCCAGGUACUACCAAUUCUCGCAUAG